AUGGCUAGUUGCAGAAAUCGGUCAGGAGAACUUAUAUAUAAUGUUUGGUAUUUAAUGUUUUGGCGCCCUCGUCAGCAAAGCAUCGGUGGUGUAUUGCGCCGUGAAGGAAACUGGAAAUGUUUCCUGUUGACACUCAUGAUCGUCGGGUGCCUGGGCUCCGUCGCGUGGUGUAGCACUGCCGAGAUCGAUAGAGAACUUAUUGAUCUUAAUACUUUUACAUCUCUCAGGUAUCCAAUAAAGCGAACGGUCCGAGAGUCUCCCUGCGACGUUGGCUACGCGUACAUACCCAUCGCCUUUGUGCUACUUCUGUAUGUAGUGUAUCUCGUGGAAUGCUAUCACAGUACUGCGAGGAUACAGUUAGCAAGAAGAGUAGAUGUUACUGCUGUCAGUGCCAGGGUCCAUGCUAUGAGGACAGCUACACCCCGCGUCUGGUGGAAGGCCAUUUGCUACCACUACGUGCGUCGGAAGCGGCAAGUCACGCGAUACCGCAACGGUGAUUCCUAUACUACUACACAGGUGUACUAUGAACGAGUAAACACACACAGUGCCAGUACAUCGUUCGCCCAUGCCUGCUGUGGUCAAAGAGACGCGUCGAGAAAUCUCGUUCUAGAUUCCAAAACUCCUAUUACUAAAGUUCGUUUUAGUAAAGGCUUCGCUUUUGCUAAUAUUGAAGCGGCGAGUGAAUUUGAAGACCAAAGAUCAAGAUUUUUCGCAGAACAUGAAAGAUUUGACGAUUUCAUGGAAAUGCGCGAAGGAUUAGACCUUAUAGGAGUUACCUCAUUUAAGGAAUAUAUGGUCGCUUACAGGGACGCGGAUCGCUGCCCCUGGUAUUCUUCCCAAAUACUUUUCUGGACUCUUUCCUGUCUUCUUCUUUCUUGGCCUCUUAGAAUUCUUAUAGAAUGCAAUACAGCCUAUGUUCAUUAUACGAUAACAAAAAUAUUUGGUACAAACUACGAAUUAGAUCCAAGUCGACAAUUAGACUUAGACACACAUUUAUCAGAUACUUUACCGCCAGUUCCUGCAACUAACUAUUCAUGGGCAUUAGCUGAUGAACAAAGUGCCGUUCUUUGUUCUGCAUCUAGACCUCCUCGAACUUUACCACUAUCUCAUGCUUCUACAGUUGACAGUCUAGAAUUAUUUGCGGCUAUUCGAGGUAAUUGUGCAAUAGUUCCCUCUUAUUCAGAAGCAAUGCGUAUCGAUGCCGCUCUCAGAGAAGAUCCAGGAGAAAACACAUCAAACGCAGUUUUAGUGGAUGUUGAAGCCGAGAGACCAAAUCGACCAACAAUCAAAGCGGCAUCAUUUGAUGAGCCAACAAGAAGACCACGAGUUACCAUAGCUGGUACUCAUUCAAGCUAUAACAUUGCAGGUAGCGCUAGCAGGUCAAAUGAAGCUAAACAACAAAAUAGGAGAUCUUGGGCUGGUGUUUUAACUAAUGCUAGAAGUGCAAGGCAAAUUCUAGAAGACUUAACUAGUAACACUGUUAAUUAUGAACCUAUACCAGAAUCUCAAAUGAGAAGAAAUGGAGAAAAUACCUUAUAUUUUUCAAGGGAACUCUCACCAACGUGUUCGAGAGAUCCUUUUGGCGGUCGGGCUCUAACUACACCAACUGAUGAACCGCCUACAUACGAAGAAGCUUUAAGGUUACCAGCGUUAAAAAAACUGACUAGAUCUAUUACUGGAACUGAUUUUGCGGGAUCGAGGAGGGCAUUUUUAAAAGAUGUUUUGUCAAACAGAAGAUCAUGUUUAGAAGGCGUUGGUGUUUUAGCAGGUACCAAAGCCGUUAGAUUACCAUACAGUGAAACAGGAGAGGAAACUCCCCUA